AUGACUUAUGAGACCCGUUAUAUCUAUUACAAGAAGACCUCUCAAGCUUUCGUCGAGUCGGGUCAUAUGGAAAGUGAUGAAGAAAUGGGCGAAGCAGACGAUAAUGAAAUUCCUGUUGAGCCAACAGCAGAUGACACAAUACACCAGUCUACAGUGGACGAGCUUCUUUCCGCUGCAGAGGCAGCUGUUGCAGGUGAUUUUCACGACGACGUGGUUGACGAUCUCUGA